AUGGCCUCUCCAAGCUGUGCUUAUAAGUGUCUGAAGAUUUUUUUAGCGGUAUUCAAUAUCCUUAUUUUUGCAUGUGGAAUUGCUUUAAUAGUGGUUGGAAGUAUCUCUCGAGUCGCUAUUAUUAAUUAUUCUUCUGGAAUCGACUCAAAUAUCAAUUGUCUUUUAAUCUUCGUAAUAGUUUUUGGAUGCUUCCUACUUUUGCUUGGAUUUCUCGGAUUUUGUGGGCUGUCUACCGAAAAUACUUGUUGUCUAAUCGUGUACACAGUUCUGCUUUCAGUUAUGGUUGCAGCUGAAAUAGCAGCAGGAAUAGCGGCUGUUGCACUAAAGAAAGAUGUGAAAACUCAAUUCCUAUCUUCGGUUAAGAGCCUCGUUCCUGUAUAUGACAAGAAUCCGAAUUUCAAGAAAUUCUUAGACAAGAUACAACAAGAGUUUCAAUGUUGUGGCUCUGAAUCGUCAAACGACUACACAUCGGUUGGACAAACCAUCCCUGAUUCAUGUAAAAAUACAACAUCCAAGGUUACUUACUCAAAUGGAUGUUCAAACAAAGUUAUCUCCUUCUUUGAAAAGUAUAUUGUUGCCGUUUUAGUAGCGGUACUUGGUAUAUGUUUAAUUGUGAUGGGCAGUUAUGUACAUCUAUUUCUUAGUACAUUCUUACGUAAUUUACCAGUUCAUAUGUUAUCAUUAACAUUUAUUAUGAUGGCACUUGGAUGUCUUCUAUUUUCACUUGGUAGUAUUGGCAUAUUAUUUGUUUUAACUGGACGUCGAAAAAUUAAUGCAAUUAUGGGUAUGAUGUUUCGAAAUAUUAUCAAAGAUUCUAUCAAGCAUUAUAUGAGAAAAAAUAGUUAUGCAGCAUUUGUGAACACAAUACAAUUACAGCAUAAAUGUUGUGGUGCAGAUUCAGUCAUGGAUUAUACUGUCAGUAAUCUUUCGGUACCAGUUUCAUGUUAUCCUGAAAAAGGCACAACACCGCAUAGUGAAGGAAUGCUUUCUUGUGAAACGCUGAUUGGUGUUUUACAUAUUCCUUCAGAAAUGACAUGA